AAAUUGACAAAUCAUAGGUUUCGUUUCAACUAACUUUAAAUUAUAAAACUAAUAUUAAAAAUACAUAUUUUAAAACAAAAUGAGUGAAUAUAAAAUUACAUCUCGUGCGUAUACUAAAAUGAUGUUCCAUGCAGCAAAGUAUCCACAUUGUGCAGUGAAUGGAUUGUUAUUAUCUGAAAAAGAUUCUUCAGAAAAUAAAAAAUUUAAAAUUGUUGAUGCAGUUCCCUUAUUCCACCAAUGCCUAUUUGUUUCACCAAUGGCUGAGAUUGCUUUAUUACAAGUUGAGGCGUAUGCAAAUGAAGAAGGUCUUCAAAUAGCUGGUUAUUAUUGUGCACCUGAAAAUUUCAAUGAAUUUUCUGUAGAAAGAUGUCCAGGGCUAAAAAUUGCUGACAAAAUCAAUGAAAAUUAUCCGAACUCAUGUUUGAUUAUGAUUGAUAACAAACUUGUAACGUUAGCCUGUGAAAGAGAAGCUAUAAAAGUUUUCCAGAAUAUUGAUAACAGAUGGAUAAAAACUGCAUUUUUAUUAGAUCAAUCUGAGGCAACCUUAGAUGCUGUAUCAUCAUUGUUAAAACGAGGAGCUAUGAAAGAUAUAAUCGAUUUCGAUAACCAUUUAGAUAAUCCUGAAAUGACAUGGGAUAAUGAACAUUUAAAUAAGGAUUUAAAGCAAAUUAUGGCAAUGUAUUAAACUGUAUUAUUUUAUCAGCGGUGAAUAUGUUUCUCUGGGGUGCCCCUAAUUUAAAUAAUAUAUCUCCAAAAAUGUAUGUAUAGAUUAAAUAAUUUUAUAUUUUGUUUUUGUUUUUAUUCUAAAACCCAUAUAAUGGAUAAUGAAUAUAAAAUAUAUAAUUUUCAUGAAAAAAAAAUAAAAUAUUUUUAAGUAAUCUUUUA